AUGACCGCUGCCGUCGAAACCACCCCAUCCGAUACGGACUUUUUCGCCCAAGAAGCUUCUUUGGAAAAGGAUUCUCACGCUGUCGAGGACCUAGCAAAAACAGACACCACUGGUCCCACUAAUGAGAGUGACCCCUCGAUAGAAUCAGCAUCGGAAAAGCCUGAGUCCAACGAUCCUGAUGGCAAAGGCCAAGAUGGAGACGAACGUCAACGGGGCCUGUUUUCGCGAAUUUUUCGUCGAGGACCCAAGAAACCAGAGCCUGGAAUCGAAAAUGGAGCGGCAGAUUUGUUGGAUGAUGAACGUGGGGACGCACCAACACACGAAGAAAGUAGUGGUAGCGCCGAGGAGGAGGAGGUGGAGGAUGGCUUUGUGACAGAGGAGGAUGGCGAAGAGGAAAGUUUUUCAGAGGAGGAAGAAGACGAUGAAGAAGAUGGCGACGAUGAAGAAGACUUUCAGGGCGCAGCGUCCGAAGACGAUGACGAUCAGGAAGAGUGGGAAUCGGAUAAUGACGAUGAUGAAGACGAGCGAGACGAUGAAUUUGUAGAUUUCGCUCAAGCCAACAAUUCCAAGUACGAUGAGGGAGACGAGGAUGACAAUGACGAAAUGUUGUCGCUGAUUGUCUCGGGCAACAACAAUACAGACAAUACAAACAACAACAAUAAUCAGAACUCUGGUAGAAUCAAUACACUGGGAGCCAGUCUGACUCGAUUCUUUGGAGCAAAGCAAAAUGACAGUGAACUGCCCAAGGAGCGACAAUCCCUAUUGUUUGCGGGCAAUGAAACUGAUGAUGAUGACGAUGACGACAAUGAUAGUCGAAACCAUGAUGACGAUGAUGGCGGCUAUCGAGAUAGGCCACGUCAAGAGGAACUGGGUCGUUCUCAAAACAACUAUUAUGAUGCUGAAGAAGAAGACGAUGAUUUGCGUUCGCAAGAAGGAGAAUAUAGACUUGAAUCCUUCUACCCAUCUGAUUCUCCUCGACGAGAAUACCCAGACGAACCAUCUCGCAACAAUCGACAAGAUCUGCACGGCAGAAUACAUGGAUUUGGAAGCGAUAGUAUUCGCAACAACAACAUGGAUGACAGUAGUCGAUUCUUUGUGGACACCAUGAGUGAGACACGCAUGUGUUCCAUGGACAUUGAGGCUGGUGAUGAACGCGGGGGGUUGUUGAAUGGGGUGGGAAAAGCAGUGUCCAAUAUCACCCAUCUGAUCAUGCAAAAACGGGCCUCCAUGGCAGAUCCAGGCGACGAGAGACGGAAAAUGAUAAACUACAUUGCUGAACUGGAACGCAAGUUGGAGCAAAAAGAAUUUGAGCUCCAAAAAUACAAGGGACGUUGUGAACAGCUUCAACUGGAAGUAAACUUCUUGAAAGAGAAUGAAGCACAGGAUGAGGAAGAAGAGACAGAUGAAGACGAUGACGAAGAGGAGGAGGACGACGAAGCCGAAAACGAAGAGGCCCAAGAAACGGCCCUGAUAGCUUUUGAGGGAAGCUCGACCGUGGACGAUGGCGGUGGGGGAGUACCAGAAGGAACGCUCAUUGAUGUGACAACAAAAGCACCGGUGUUUGAUCCCUUGUUGGAGUCUACCCGUGAUAGCGCGACUGACAAAAAGCCGAUUGACGACAAUCUGCUUGCUACCAACGUGGAACAAGAAGUCCCAAAGAAGUCAGAAGCAGAGCAAGAUCUGUUUGCCGUUUUUGAAGACAAAAAGUCGUCUGAAAACGAUCCGGCAUCCAAGCGAUUAGAAGCUGCCGGUACCGGUACCGACGAUGCUCUUUCAGAGGGCUAG